AUGAAAGCGGGUGGUGAGUGCCCAUCCCCGGGGCGCCAGGCCUGGGUAGCCUUUGCGGGUGGGUGGGUGUCUUUAAACGGGGCUGCUCCGUAGAUCUGGCUGAGCAAACCUGUAUGUUCCCUCCAUUUUGCUCCAGUGUAAAUUGGGGUUUGGGGGUCCAAUUAGUAACUAAUAAUGAAUGAGGAGUUGGUCACAAUCUCUGGGAUUUAUCCAUAGCGAUUACCUGUGAGCUACUGAGCCAAAAUCCUGGUUAGUAGUGCCAGGAAAAUAAUGCCCCCUCUCUGCUGAAGGGGGAUUUCUCCUAUGUAAGCGUUGAAAGAGGUGCAGCCCAAAAUACUACUACUAGAGAAGUAAAUCCCUUUUACUCUAGUGGUCCGUACUUCUUAGCAGGUUUAACAUAUGAUCGUAUGGUUAAAGGCUUCAGUUCUAUACUAACGCAGGAUUGGAUCAAGACAGCUAUGCUUAAAAUGGACCCACUGAUAUAUAUGACAGGAUACUAGUUCCGGGCCUAAUUAAGUCCUAUUAGUUUUAGAGCUUGAUUAGCAGUUCAGUCCUUACUCAGAAAUCCUGUUGCAUAAGGGAGCCAGCCCUUAUUUAGAAGAAAAUAAGUGAGGCUUGCUGUUGUUUAGUCGUUUAGUCGUGUCCGACUCUUCGUGACCCCCUGGACCAGAGCACGCCAGGCACUCCUGUCUUCCACUGCCUCCCGCAGCUUGGUCAAACUCAUGUUCCUAGCUUCGAAAACACUAUCCAACCAUCUCGUCCUCUGUCGUCCCCUUCUCCUUGUGCCCUCCAUCUUUCCCAACAUCAGGGUCUUUUCCAGGGAGUCUUCUCUUCUCAUGGGGUGGCCAAAGUAUUGGAGCCUCACCUUCAGAAUCUGUCCUUCCAGUGAGCACUCAGGGCUGAUUUCCUUCAGAAUGGAAGUGAGGCUUAGUUCCAAGUAAUUCUCAUUCCGGGUUCUAGCCAGCUCGCCCCCUGUCCCAUAUAUAUGCAUAUUAUAUAUGUCUGCCAAUUUAGGAUAACACUUCAUGAAUCUGAAUUGGCUUCAUUUAUAUUGUACAUACUUUCUAUUGAGACACCGGAAGUCCUAGGCACAUAAAUUUUGGAAUGAUGGAUAAAAUAUGAAUGGGGUGGAAAGGUAUCUAGGCUAAUAGAAAGUGGGGACUGCUAGUUAACUGUUUAUUUUAACCUCGCCUUCCAUGUGUGAAAGAAUUGUCCCCAAAUGGCUUCUGUUUUGCUAGCUCAGCUAGUAAAAACUUCAAACUGCUUCAACAGUUCGCGCAGGCUGUGCGUUGCAAAGCAAUUUGUUUUUAGGCAGUCUAAGUGGGACCUGCUUCACACGUUCAGGUUUCUUUCCCGACCUUUCUCUCCUGUUUUUGCCGAAAACAAAACGAAACCGGGGUUUAUUUUUUUUAAAAAAAUGUAAAUCUCAAGGAGAGGGCGCCUCGGUAAUUUGGGCGGGUGGAUUUAAAAAGGAAGCGGAGCCUAUAGUGGGGCAGGAGUUGAAUGCAGAGGCUGGGGAUUGGCUUGAGGCUUUUUCAUGUGAAUGAAACACAAUUGCAGAAUACUUCGUGCUUGUUGCGGUCCCUUGGAUCCCCCGCAUCGGACCCAAAAGCAAUGGGUAGUUUUAAAAGCCAGGAUUAUUAUUAGGAGGCAAAAGUGUUGGGGUAGGAUAUUCUGUCUGAAAAAUGGUAAUCGAAAAAUGCCUGGGUUCUUUAAAGCAAUUUUAAAGAGAAUUGUUCUAAUUCUCUUGUGUUUUGUGGGUCAGAAGUACAACAUUCUAUUUUAAUUGGGCAACAGUUUUUACACUUCAUAGACAAAAAACAACAGAUCAAUUUUUGUACUGAUAUUUAUGCAGGUUACAUGAAUAACUUAAAAUUGUUAUCAAAAAGAAGAGGAAACUUCUAUCAACAGCUUCUCUUAAAGUGGAUUAGUUUUUUAAAUCAAUAUUUUGCUUUUUGUAUAAAAGCAUAUAUCUAUUAACUUCAUACAGAAUUAGGAUAGUUUGGCAGGCAAAGUAACCACUUCUGCUUCUACAGGUGGGUGCUACAUUUUGACUCCCAAUGGUAUAAUUAUGCAAUUUUUCUUUGUGCCAUUCAUACAUUCUGCAACAUUUUGAUUUGCUUGUCUAUGGUUAUUUACGAAAGUAAGAAAUGGCAUUACAGUGCCAUUCCAUGUUUCAGAUCCCAUUGAUUUAAAUGGGAUGGUGCAAGAGAUGCUUGAAGUUGCAAUCCUGUAUGCACGUAUUUAUUACAUUUAUAUCCCACCUUUUCUCCAAAGAAAGUGCGCAACCUGCAGCCCUCCAGAUGUUUCUGGACUACAACUCCCACCAGCCCCAGCCAGCAUAGCCAGUGAUCAGGGGUGAUGGGAGGUGUAGUCCAGUGACAUCUGGAGGGCUGCAGGUUGUGCACCUCUGCUCCAGCGAGAUCAAGCUGGCAUGCCUGGUUCUCCCUCCCUCCAUUUUAUCCACAUAGCAAUUCUGUGAGGUCUGUUAGGCUAAGAAAAGUCACCCAAUGUGCUUCAUGGCUGAGUGGGUACUAGGAACCCUUGACCCCCAGAUAUUAGUCCAACACUCUAACCACUACACCACACUAUCUCUUAAACCUGGGAGUAACUUCCCUUGAACUCAAUGUGGCUUAACUUCUGAGUGAACCUAUAUAAGACUGCACUGUAAUUCUCUUGAGUUGAUAUCCUUUAAAUGUGCAGCACAUUCUUAAGCAUGUGUGAAUGGAGUGAUCUACUCUACAAAUCACCAGCCAAACAGUUUUGGGGAUUACACGUUACUGAUAUCCCAGGCUAAGAAUACUGAUCCUUAUUUGUCCUAAUAUCUCACCCUAAACAUUUCUACAGCCAGCUGAGUCGAUGAAAUAUGUUGCAUUAUUAGUAGUAGUAUUUAUAUCCCACCUUUAUUUACUGCUUUUAUCAACUGGCACAGAGCUGGUGCUCAGUAGCUAUUUAUGAUAUUUUGAAUCACUAUCAGUUUGUACUUGGCUGUAUCGUUUGCCACAUAAUUCUUUUGGUUUUUGCAUUAUUUAUAUGUUUUUUAAUAGGAUUGCAGUGUUUGUAAUUUUUAAUACUGAUGUUGCUGUUUUGAGCUUUGGGCUCAGCACUGUUGUUGGAAAAGCUGAAAACAAAUAUUAAGUCAUUAAACAAAAAUCAAAACGUUUUCGCAUACAAAUCCUCCCAAACGUUUUGCCAAACAUUAAGCUACAUUAUUAAAACAAGCAACAAACAAUACUGGUAUAUAAAGAGCCAUUUAGCACCCUUCCCACAGGGUGGUUUAUCAUAAAUGAACUUGUGUGCAUAGAGUCCAGCUGGAACAAGCUGUGAUGUGGUCUUUUCUGUCCUCCCUCUUUGCAGGAGAGCACAAAAUGUACUGCCAGCCACAGACGUGCUGAUUUUUAUUCUGAUGCAUGCCUCUAUGUUUGCACCUCUUGUCUGAUGAAAUACCUUGUGCUUGCUUUAGUGACCCACUGCAGGUGCUCCAGGUGCUUCUCUGUCCCUUCGAAGCGAAGAAUGAGGAAGAGACCCAGAGUCCUGACGCUGUUGUGCCUCCCGGAAGAUGUUCUGUUUCAUGUUCUUAAGGGGCUGCCUGCUGAAGACAUCCUUUCCCUCCGAGCUGUAAGUUUAACCCCUGCAGGAAUACUACCGUACUUUUCCAUCUAUUAGAUGCCCCCAUGUAUAAGACACCCCACCCCCCAUUUUGGGGGACUCAGUUUUAAGAAAAUGAGGGGAGAUGGCCCAAAGUUGUUGAGCCUCUCCCCCCCCCCACAGCUGUGGGCAGGAAACACUCCCAAGAUCAUUUCCUGCAUGCAGGUAGAGAGUCUUUCCCUCGAGGGAAGUUGCGCUCCAGCCAGUUGGCCAGAGGGCACCUUCCCCAUGCCGCUGCACACAGGAAACGAUCCAGGGAAAGCUUCCCAUGCGCAGCAGCAUGGGGGGAGCUGUGCGCCGCCAGCCAUCGCUCCCGCUCGCAGCGGCAUCUCCCUCCCGUGCCACUAUCCGUGUAUUGGAUGACCCCAGUUUUUUGACAUGAUUUUUGUGUCAAAAAAACCUCGUCCAAUAUAUGGAAAAAUACCGUAAUUUAUUUAGCAUAGCUUUACAGAAUCCUCCCAAGGCAGCAUGUGAUUAAAAUAUAAUGCUGUCUAACAAUAAAAUCAUUAAAAGACAGGAAAAAUGAAUCCUAAAUGGUCAGCCUGGAGCUGGGGAAGCCUGAGGAUCUCCAGAUAUUGUUGGACUACAGCUCUGAUCAGUCCAGACCAUUGACCAUGCUGGCUGAAGCUGAUGGGAGUUGGAGUAAAGCUUUUCCUCCUUCUUCUCUUUCUACAACCAGACUAGUAUGGGUGGAGGUUGUUCUCCAGAUAACUUGGACCCAAGCCGUUUGGGGCUUUUAACCAUUAAAACGAGCCCUUUAAGUUGGUUUAAGAAACCCACUGACAGCCAGUGCAGAUGGUACACUAUCAAUGUUAUAUGCUCUGGCCACCUGUUAUUACUGACACUUGGGUAUCUGCAUGUUCCCCAAGUAAAGUCUGUUGUGGAUUGCUCUGUCUUUUGGAGUCACAGCAAAGUUGAGUCCUCAUAUUAGGAUUUUAACAUCUGUUGGGGCUCUGGAGUUAUGUAAUAGUUUUUUGGAAGCUGGAACGUCUUCAGCUUUCAGGGCUAGAUCAGUUCAUACUGUAAAUUAAGUGUUAAUGCUUCGUUUAUAUGGUGGCGAGGGUCCUAUGGGAAUAUGGUUAACAGCUCACCCUUCACAGGAAGUAACAGAGUUGGAGUGAGGGAGCAAUGUUUGCCCACAGCAUUGCAUAGAGGAGGUUUGAUUCCCCCUCCCUACAUGCCACAGUCCUGAUUGUCUGCCUUCUCCUUUACAGAAAAGACAAGCACAUUUUAAUGCAUGCAUUUCACACAGGGGUCGCCAGCCCUUUUAGACCCACAGGCAUAUUUGGAUUUCUGAGUAUUUGCACAUGCAGUUUCCAGGAAAUCCAGUAGAAUUAAUCUGAGCUUUGAAAAGCACAUAGAGCUGGGAGAGAAAGUGGGAAAGAGUGUCAUUCUUCCAACUUCCUUUUUUAGUUUUAUGAACCUUUCAAGGAAGAAAAAAGGUAACAGUCGUCACCACCUAACGAGUUAGGGGGCAGUGGGUGGGAGGGGUGCCAGGGAAAGACUUCAAGGGCACCACUGUGCUCACGGGCACCAUGCUGACAGCGCCUGAUAUAUAAUAUCUAGCUUGGACCUCAUUGCUUGAAAAAGGAAAGUGUAAUGCUGUGCCACCGUCUUUGGGUUAAUUGACCGUGAGCAGGGCCAUUUUGAAGCCCUUUUGUUGUAAUUACCUGCUUGUCUCUCUUCUAGGUUCACUCUCAUCUUAAGUACCUUGUAGAUAAUCAUGCUAGUGUUUGGGCCUGUGCAAGUUUUCAAGAUGUGUGGCCUUCUCCCAGCAACUUGAAAAUGUUUGAAAGGUAACUCCUACCAAUUUUAGAAACCUCAAGAUUAAGGAGAAUUAGAUGUUCAAAGAUCAGACACUUAUUAUUUUCAGGGGGUGGUGGUCAACUAUUCAGCCAUGAACUGCGCUAUUCGAGAGCUCUGUGUGCUUGUCUGCCCUUUAAAUCAGAGCCUUAAAUUGAGAUCUCUUUCUCUGGAAAAAGCAGAUAUUUCAGCUAAUCUUUUUUGCAAACUGCUGGAGUAAUGCAAGAAAAGGACCUGAGGAGUGGCACCCUCUGUGUGGAACUUCUUGCCUACCUAUAUUUUGGAGGCUAUUAUGUUUUGAUGGACAAAUACCGCUUUGUAUUUCACUGCAAACAGCGUAUUGGCAUUCAUCCAUAAUACAAAAAUGAAUCAAUCCAUUCUCUAGGAUACUCUGGUAAAAUAUGUACUAUUGUCUUCGGAGAUAGAGGGAUUUCUCCCCGCCCCCUACAAUGGGUAGAAUCCAUUUGUUCUUUGAGCGUCUAAGACAAAAUACACUGCAUCCAUCUCUUUGCAGUAUAAAUACAGUAAAUAUCUAGUGCUUUCAUGUUGUUUAAUUGGAGGCUGGGGGUAUCAUCCUCUUACUGCAGAAGGUCUAAUCUUUCUACCUGUAUUUUGAGUUUACAGUGAGGAAACAUGGAGAGUGCAGCCAUACUAAAAUCUGCCCCUGCUUUGUCUUAUGGGCAGUGGUGAUGUGUUGCAGGUUGGAUGUCAGUUCACACACAUACAAAUCAAAGGAAGCUGUGUUGGGCCACAUGGAGGAAAAAUCCAAGACCUCAGUUGGAUAGUACCUUUAUUAGGACCAACCAAAAUGUCAUAAAAUAGUGAUCAGCCUUGAUGUUAACACAAAGGAGGGGAAGACUGAGAACAGAUACUUAGCUGGAUGUUGUAGAGAGAAGGUGUGUAUCAAAAUAAAGGUGGCAGACUUGACUGGUCUCUGUCAGGUGCUACUGGUCUCAGAUGGACACAUACGAUUCUGGGUCAAAGAAGCAAUGGGCAAUCCCUGUCUUUCAAAACACAAAUCCAACAGUUACUCAGAUCUCUCACCAGGUUUUACUGAAACUCACUGUCUUUGUUAGGCAGAGAACAGAAGCUGGCACAUAAAAUGCAUUCUCAGGAAGGUUAUUUAGCAAGCAGUGGAAUAAGUGACAAUUGUAUCACCAAUUUCUGAAUUGAAUCUAAGCUGUGUUUGGUAAAAUCCUGAAUUUUCAGAAACCUGUAUUCCCCCCCCCCCAAUAAAAUUCUCUAUAUUUGUGCAGGGCUGCAGAAAAGGGUAACUUUGAAUCUGCUGUGAAGCUGGGCAUUGCCUACCUCUACAAUGAAGGCUGUAAGUCAUGGGUAUACGUGGAAAUGCAUGCAUGGAAAAUAUUUGGGAGUAUGGUAUAACUGCCGCAGGAGGGGGAAGCCUACGCCCCUGCCCCCCCCCCCCGCCCGUUGUUGCUAAUGAUGGGAGUUGGAAUCCAGCCUCUGGAGGACCACAGGUUCCCCAGCAAUAAGCUAGAGGGUAAGAAGUUGGCAGUAGGGUUCUGUAGACUUGGCUAUAUAUAGUCCUAAAAGCUGGUCUUGCAAUUUUCAUAUCAAGGGAACUUUCCCUUUCUGUACUGUGUUUGCUAAGAGUUGUUUGGCCACCAGCUUGGAUGGUUGAAUUUAUGGCCACCAGCUUGGAUGGUUUAAAAGUGGAGAGAGAAAUUCAUGGAGGCCAAGGCUAUUGAAGGCUACUAGCCCCAACGGCUAUGUUCUCCCUCCACUGUUGGAGGCAUUGUGUCUCUGAAUACCAGUUGCUGGGAACCAGGUGGGCAGAGUAGUGCUGUUCCACUCAGCUCCUGCUUUUGGGCUUUCUAUAGGCAUCCGGUUUGCUGUAGUGUGAAGAGGCUUCUGGCCUUGAUGGGCCAUUGACCUGAUCCAGCAGGGCUCUUCUUAUGUUCUGAAUGGCAGCAACACUUGAAUAGGUGCCUCUCUUUCCAUUUUGACGUUGCCUAUUUGCAUGGUGUGUUGGUCCUUUACGUGCACUGUUUUAUGUACGGUAAUUUCGUACAUACGUACAUGAUUUAAUUUGUAUGCCACCUUUCCACAGUUCAAACCAUGCUCAAGGCGGCUUACAACAUGGAAAAAGCACAUAACCACAGCAUAACAAAAGCAGUCAUACACAAUCAUAAUAAUAAUAAAUUUUUAUUUAUACCCUGCCCUCCCCAGCCAAGACCGGGCUCAGGGCGGCUAACAACCAAUAAUAAAAACAAGUUGAUUAAAAUACAAUUUAAAAGAUUAAGAUACAACAUUAAAACAAUUAGGGAACAAUCUCAUCAUAGGAGGAGAAAGGAAAAAGAAAAAGGGGGAGGGAAUCAAACUGAUUCUGAGCCAAAGGCCAGGUGGAACAACUCUGUCUUACAGGCCCUGCGGAAAGAGAUCAGAUCCCGCAGGGCCCUGGUCUCAAGAGACAGAGCAUUCCACCAGGCCGGAACCAGUGUUGGAAUAAACACAACAUUAAAAAAUACACAUCCAAACUUAGUAAUUUCCACAUAAAUCCCAACAAGAUCUAAAAUAAACAGCCCCACCACAACAAAACACCCAGCCCAAGAGCCUGUUUAGCAGUCUCAGCUUUUGUACCUGGAGUCAGUCAGAUCCUGCUCUCCCAGGCCAGGUAGAAAAAGGGUUGCAAGGAUAGUAGGUCUUCUGACAUUUACCGCCAGAUUUUCAGCUUGCAUAGAGACAGGAGUAGUAGUAUAGAGAACCAAGCUUUGCUACAAUUCAUGUUUCAAGAAAACUUUCCCUUUCUACUCCUUCAGUAUCAGUCUCUGAUGAGGGUCGUGCAGAAGUGAAUGGGUUAAAAGCAUCUCGCUUCUUCAGCCUGGCAGAACGUCUGAACACCUUCGCAGCCCCCUUUGUCUGGCUUUUCAUUCGCCCACCUUGGUCUCUGAGUGGAAGCUGCUGUAAAGCUGUGGUCUACGAGAGCCUCAAAGCAGAGUGUCAGCAGCAAAAAGUAAACUGGCUUAUUUUGUAGCUUUCAGACUUAGAUCUCUCUUUCACCUAAGACUUACCUUAGACUUAAGCUUCUGUUGCAGAGGCAAAGAUUAAUCAUUCUAGCCAAAGACACAGCAUCUUAAUUUUCCUGAGUGCUUACUUUCUGAGGGUAGGGGGUGGAGUUUGCAAGCCAUACAACAGAGCAUCCUGAGAAUAUUAUUUCCUUUUUUUUUUUUAAAGUCAUGUUUCUAGCCACUAUGAAAAUGGCCUGUGAAAAUCUGUAAAGCCUAGACAGGGCUCAGUUCAAAUAUCAGGAAGAUAUACAUCGUUGGUCCCCACUUUCCAUUGGUAGCAGGAAAAAAGCAAACUAACUUGCAGUGCAAUCCUGUAUAUCGUAUUUUUCGCUCUAUAGGACGCACCUUGUUUUAGAGGGGGAGAACAAGGGAAAAAAAUUAUCCCCCUCUCUGCUCAGUGCCCCUUCAGCGAAGCGGCAGGAGAAACGGAGCCCCUUCCAUUUCUCCUCCCGCUUCACUGAAGGGGCGCUGCGCAGCUCUCCCUCUCUGCUGAAGCCAGGAGAGUCUUGCUCCCCUGGCUUCAGCGAAAGGAUUUAUGCGAAAGGAUUUAUGCGGAAACUCGCACUGCGCCCCAAAGGCUUCAUGGACCAACCCCUCUUGGUCUCCAGGCUUCAGCGAAAGCAAUGCAAAGCCUCCGGAGCGCGGAGGGAGCGCUCACUCUGCGCUUCAGAGGCUUCGCGUUGCUAUCACUGAAGCCAAGGAGCCUGCAUUCGCUCCAUAGGACGCACACACAUUUCCCCUUUAUUUUUGGAGGGGGAAAAGUGCGUCCUAUAGAGCGAAAAAUAUGGUACAUCUACUUGGAGAAAUAAGACACAUGGAUUUCAGUGGGGCUAACUCCCAGAUAAGUGUGUAUAUGAUUGCAUCCUUAAACACUAGCUCUUCCUGCCCAUGAACCGUGAACAUGCCCCAGUUGCUGCUUCUCCAAAUCCCCCCAGGUCCUGCAGUUCCUCUUUCUUUCCUGAGCCAGUUAAUAGUUUCCUCUUAAUGAAGUCUAGGCACCCCACUGAUGCCAUGAGGGGCCUCACCCGCUCCUUCCAAUUUUCUUUGAGUUGCUCAGACUCUGCAUUAGAACUUCUUAAGAACUGAUCCUACGUGCUCCCUGAGCAGGCAUGCUGUUCCCCUUCAUCAGUGUUGGGAGUUUGGUGAACAUAUUGCAGCGGUGUUCAGAAAUAGUCUGGUAAGACUGCUGGUUGAAAGGAUAAAUAAAACUCAAGGUUUAUUAGUCAUGGCAAACAAAGCCAUUCUAAGUAUACGUUUUGCUUGUAGCUGAUAUGGAGCCAAGAAGGUAACACUACCACAUGGUAGCUCACAUUGAGUGAACUGGAGGAGGAAGAAGGGAGUAAAACCUGAAAGGAAGUGAUCUGCUUCACCAACAAGUGGUUACUAAAAGAGUAGGAAUUAGUAAGAGAAAAACCUGCUUUCUUUUUGCUGUCCCCCGCUAGUUCAGGUAACUUACUGCAAACAUUGUUGCUUGAUUCCGCAAAAUAGCUCCUUGACUUAAGUGUAUUUCUGGAUUAUUUAUUUAUUCCAUGAAAUUUAUAUGCCAUUUGUUUGUAAAAAUAAAAAAAUAAAAACAGCCUCCAAGCGGUUUGCAAAAAGAUAAAAAAAUUGCAACCAUACUUAAAAACAUACGAAAGUUAAAAUGCUUAAACAAAUCAAAAUUACCUUAACUUUCUAAGCAUUUGGGUAGGCUUGUGUAAAAAAGAAUGUUUUUAGCAGGCACUGAAAAGAGUACAGUGGUACCUCGGGUUACAUACGCUUCAGGUUACAGACUCCGCUAACCCAGAAAUAGUGCUUCAGGUUAAGAACUUUGCUUCAGGAUGAGAACAGAAAUCGGGCUCUGGCAGCGCGGCAGCAGCAGGAAGCCCCAUUAGCUAAAGUGGUGCUUCAGGUUAAGAACAGUUUCAGGUUAAGUACGGACCUCUGGAACGAAUUAAGUACCGUAUUUUUCGCUCUAUAACACGCACCCGACCAUAACACGCACGUAGUUUUAGAGGAGGAAAAUCCGUAGGCAUGCCACCUGUAGGCAUUUCCUCCAUAACAUGCACAGACAUUUCCCCUUACUUUCUAGGAGGAAAAAAGUGAGUGUUAUGGUGCAAAAAAUACGGCACUUAACCCGAGGUACCACUGUACAUUGAAGGCGCCUCCUUGAUUUCAAUAGGCAGAGUGUUCCCAAGUGCAAGUGCUGCCACCCUUAAUGAUAUAUUUAUUACAAAUAUGGGAUGGGUAUGAUGUGUAGUGGCGCCAGUUCCACCGAUCAAAUGGUUGACUGGGCACAUGUUGGGGUAAGGGGAUCUGGUAGGCAAACUGAUCUCAUGUUAUGUUACAAAAGUGAUGAGUUCAGGGAUCCACCAGACUUUGGAAGUUUGAAGGAAAACUUAUGUAGGGCAACUUUGAAGAUGCUUGCUACUUGGCUUCUCUUUAUAACAAAUAUACCCUUCUCCAUUUCUUUUAGGCUCAGAGAGGAUCAAUUCUGUAUUGCCUAGCUAAAGUCCUAAAUCUCUUUGAGGUAAGUUCCCCACCCCCAUUGUGACUGUCCUACCAUGCCAAAUUUACCAAAUCUAUUGUGGGACUUUGUAUUUGCAACUACUCAAGCCAUGUUAACAGAGUGUCUGUUGAUUGCUGUAGCCAGUUGAAUCUGUAUCUUAUUCUUAAAUGGUUUUGACUGGUUAAGUUUGUUUUCUUGGUAAACUGAUAUUUGUUUUUGUCAUUUUAGGCGGACAGUGGGUGUGGUGGUGGUGGUGGGAUAUAAAUGGACUAUGCAGCCGGAAAUGAAAGUGUUGGAUCAUGAUAUAAACCAUGUAAUGUUUACGCUUAGUAAGAUCAAAUAUGAAAGAUUAGAACAACCAAUUUUGUCUUGUUCCAGACUGGGGUUUUUUAGAUAUCUUUUCUACAGAUAGGAAACACUUGCACAGAUAAUAAAGAGAGACAAUCUUGCACAGUCUCUAAACAUAAAUGUACUUUUUUCUCUUCUUUUAUGCUUCUGAGGCUACAAUCUUAAACCCACUUGCCUGGGACUCAAUGAGACUUCUAAGCAGGCACGUAUAGGAUCACGCUAUUGAGUUAAAGCUUGCACAAUGGUUUGGAAGGCAGGAAGCAGGGGCUUCUUGCAUUUCCUUGCAUGCUGCUCACCAACUUAUUUAGGCUGCAGUUUCCCCCAAACUGUAGGCUUCUCAGUUAUUGGAAUCAUUAAACCUUGGAGGGGCUUGCAGCUGAGACCAUUAUAGAGAACACUGGAUCUCAGUGGCUUUGUCUGCGGGCGUAACUGAAUAGUUGGGGAUAAAUAAAUGUCACCCUUAUUCACAGGAUGAAGAGAAAAGAAAAGAAGCUCUAGAAAUGUUUGAGAACUCAUCGAAGCAGGGAUGCUUGCACAGCGCCUACCUCCUCUGGGAAAAUAACAGAAAAGCUUCUGUGAGUAUAUAUGACACUAAUAUCAUACUGGCAGGUAAACAAGGCUUGAAGAGCCAGGCAAAAGAUGGUUGUCUUAUAGCUGCUGGUAGGAGACAAAAAACUCUACUCAGACAGCUGAUGUUGAGAAGAAUGGAAUGAAGGGAGUAGCAUGGCUUGGAUUUGGAUGUUGUUGGGUGCUUGGAAGAACUCUCCCUUUGAGAGCCGAUGUGUACAUUUGUGGGUGGCUGAGCGUGAUGACAACCUUGAUAGAAUAAAAGUGCAUAAUCAUGGUCUAUCUCCCAAGUAAAUACAGUAUCAGUGCUGAGAAAGUGGUGUGUGUCUUUGGGAGUCCCAGUUUAAUUCUGAACAGCCGUCCUCAAAUUUGCAAGUACCUCGGUUUUCGAACCUAAUCCAUUCCAGAAGACCGUUCGAGUUCCGAAACGUUUGAAAACCGAAAACUCAAUACGGAAUUCACGUGGCAUGUUCGACUUCUGAGGUGUGUUUGAAAACCGAAGCAUUUACUUCCAGGUUUACAGUGUUCAAAAACCGAAAUGUUCAUCAACGGAGACGUUCGAAAACCGAGGUACCACUGUAUAGGAAGUACGAAAGGGAAGGUAGUUUGUUAAUAACACUAAAUAUGCAGUAUCUUACUUUGCUUCCAUUCCUCCUUGUAGAUGUCAGACCCUGGUAGAUACCUUCAAAGCCUCAGGAAACUCAGGGAUUAUGCAGCCAAGGGCUCUUGGGAAGCCCAGGUAAGACUGUCACUCCUGAAUCUUUGUUUUUCCCCACUUUGUCCAACUGCUUUCAAUGUUGAAGCAGAAGGUACCUGCUGAAUCCCUCUUGGCAGAGUAUCCCACAAUAUUGGGUCAAUAAUACUAAAUGCUCUGUUUCUUAUUUGCUGUCGCACGAGUCUCGCCAACUUGGGGAAUAACACUCCUGCAGAUGACCUCUGUGAUCCAGCUGGGAUAUAAGGGUUCAGGCAGCAGUUGAGGUUCAGGUGGUCCCAUAAUUUAUUUUCAUUAUGAACAGUUAAUGCUGAUUCUAAUGCGGCCACACUUAAAACUCUUUCCCCCUCAGGGCGGAUUCGAGAUGUGAUUGUGCCUGUAGCAUGGUGCUGCUCAGUGGGAUCCUGAGCCAAUGAGCUUACCUGGCACCAUUGACUGGGUGGGAGAAGUUUUCUGCUAUUUUAAUUUCCCACGGUGCUUGUAGUGAUGCUCUAUUGUGUACUUUGGUGGUUUUUUAAAUGGUGCCUGCAGAUGGCAGAAUGAAUGGAAGAACCAAAGCAGGCAUUAUUAGUUAUUGCGGGUCCCCUUAGGACAAGUUAUUGUCCCCAGCCCUGCUUUCCCCGAAAUAUUGAAGAUGGUGUCAUUAAAAUAAGCCAAGUGCAUCAACUAUUACUUGAAUUAUUGGUGUCUCAGAAAAAGCAGAACUAGCUCUUUCUGGAGAUGAGUUAUUUUCCCUCUUGAUUUGUGUUCUUUUUCUCUCUGUUACACAGAUUGCUCUAGCCAAAGCUUGUGGGAAUGGAAACCAACUAGGGCUGGAAACAAAAGCCUCCAAUGAGAUGGUGUCUCAGCUCUUCCAGGCCUCCCUCCCUCUCAGCAAGCAGAGCAUCUUCACUGUUCAGAAGGGAAUGAACGAGACAAUGAGGUAGAGUCAUAGGACAGGCUGAGGGAAUUGUUUGCUGAAGCAGAAAAGGCUGCUUGCUAAGUUGUUUUUGCCAGAUGCUUGUAUUAUAGUUCUCCAUAGCAUGCUGUGCAGAAUGCUAGGUUGCUACAGGGUGGGUUUUCUUUUUGGGAAUUUAAUUGCUCUUUUUUGGGGGCGAAGCACUGCCACCUACAGGAAAAGACACACAUGUGAACAAAUAUAUAACUUUAAAAAAAACUAGUAGAUAUUGAAAGAUAUUUUAAACUGCUAAAGAGCUGAGUUUACUUCUGUCUGGUUCAACUAUGUGUUAUACUCGGUGGAAGGAAAGCCGUAAUCUAUCUCCCCCUCCCAUUGUUUCUGCCCACUACUUUAAUGCGCUUACAUCAACUAUUAGCUAGAGUGGGUGUGGGGAACCUCUGGCCCUCCAGAUAUUGCUGAACAACAACUCCCAACAUCCCUCACCAUUAGCCAUGCUUGCUGGAGUUGUAGUUGAGCAACAUCUAGGGUGCCAGUGGUUCCCCACCCCUGAGCUACAGUCAUCUGCUUUUAAAAGAGAAUUACUUACGAUAUAGCAUUUAAGCUCUCCAGUUAGUGGUGGUUUGGACCAUGCCAAUCUGGCAUUGUUUUGCUUGCCCCCCCCCCCAUCCCACAACAACACUCUAAAUGGCAAAAAGCACUCAUAGAUUUGAUUGAAAACUUACUGGCCUGUAAAAAACUCCUCCAAGCCUAAAUAUGGAUGUGCUUCAUUCUCUUGUUAGUAUUGCAUUAAAAUGUGGCUUCAAUCGAGGAUCCCAGCAUGUUCAAUUUUUAGUUAUAAUUAUUUGUAAUGAAAGAACAUUGUGUUAUAUCCUAGUUAUUUGCAUGUGUUUUAUUCAUCCCGUGUCUUGUUUUCUCUUCUGUCGUAUGUUGCUCCCAGCUCCUUUUGGAGCAACAGCAAGUGACAUUUGUAGUUGUAGUUGAAUGAAGUUGAUAGCUCAGCUAUAGUCUGCUUGCUUUUAAAUGGCUGCUCCUGUUGUUUAGAUACAUUCUGAUUGACUGGCUGGUAGAAGUGGCCACCAUGAAGGAUUUCUCAAGCCUCUGUCUCCAUAUGACAGUAGGGUGUGUGGACCGGUACUUGAAAAUAAGACCUGUAUCCCGGGCUUGUCUUCAGCUUUUGGGGAUUGCUUGCAUGGUUAUUUGUACACGGUGAGUAACUUGACUAUUGGCAGUAGUGAUGGCUUGGCUCUUCUUAAUGAGGAUUGUACUUACAGGACAAAAUUAUGGUCUGCAAAGUUUUUCUGAAAGUUGUAGCAGUAUAGCUAACAUGGUGGAUUUGAUUUAAAUCAAAUCAAUUUAAAUCACUAUUUAAAUCACAAGUCAGUAAGAUUUGAUUUAAAUCAUUUUUUUUUUUACAGAAAGACUCAUUCUUGCUGGUAUAAUCUUAAUAUUUGCAACCAGAUGAAGGUUUCCCUUUUGGAAUAAAAUUUCAGAGUAGUUUUUACAGUUAUAUCAAAUUACUGAUUUGGUUAUACUAUUAGAAAUACAUAGACAGAUAAUUAUGGAAAUAUUGUGAGGUUUAAUAAGCUAACUGUUCGUAUUUGGACAAUUUUCUGCUGUACUUUAUUGGAAGGAGAAAAAAAUCAUUUCCUUAAUAACAUUUUAUUUAACUAAAGUAAUAACAUAGCAUAUGUAUCCAUGUUUGUUAACUGAUGUGGUUAAACAUUUUUUUAAAAAAACUUAGACUGAGUUUUAGCAGAUAUGAAAUACUUAAAACAAAGUCUUAUUUCCUGAUAAAUAGCCUUUGGGCUAUAAUGUAACUUAAAUAGAAAACUAUAUUUAGAAAGAUUUUUCCUCCAAAAGUAUUUUAUUUAAAAAAUCCAAUUUAAAACAAACAAAAAAAUCCAUUAUUAUUAUUUUUUAAAUCAUUGAUUUUUAUCCACCCUGCUAGCUACAGGGCACUUUUAAAAUGUUAUUUUUUUAAUAACAAAGGAAAAGUGACUUCAUCUUCUACCAGAGCUGUAUGCGAUUUGCAGGCAUGUCACUCCUUCUGAAUAUAUGGAACCUGCUCAAUUUCACAAUGACAGCUGCUGUUGUUCUCCUACAGGGCAGACCACACUGGGGAUGGGUACAAUGGAACCAUAAGGUGGGGCAGCAUGGGUCCUCCGGAAAGACUGGGGUGUGGAAAAUGUCACACCCCCAGCAAGCACCUGUUGCCCCAAGGGUCAUAGGUGAGGUGCUGUCCCUAACUGAUUUUGGGAGAUACAGUGGAGAUCUCAAAUUAACUGAUUGGAGUGCCCUGGAAAAAUAAUGAACUGUGAUUAAAAGUUAGAACUGUCCUCCCUUAUUGAGCUAUGAUUGUUUCCUUACUCUGCUUGGUUUAAUUUCUCAGUGUGGGGAAAACAAUUACUGUGUAUUGUUUAGGGCAGCCAAGGCUACUUUGCCCCUCAGAAGCUUAGGAAAUCCUUGAUCCACCUUGACAUGCCUUGUCAACAGUGUGAUCUGACUCAGAAACCUGAAAAACUACCCUGAUUUGCCUUAUAAUUUGGAGACCACACAGAGCUGAUGCCCACUGCUGGUAUUUUGCAUUCCUGCUUUGAGAUUAAAAGUAUUUCUUCACGUUUCCCAGAUGCUCUCCAGUGUAACCUUACAAAUCAGACCAGCAGAUCAGCUUCUACCGGUUUAACUGCUUUAAAUAAUGUGUGUACACACAGAGAAAGAGACUUGUCCAUUCUAUCUGGCGUUGGAUGAGUAAACAGAUCCACUAUGUGUUUGGGCCUUGGUGAUAAUCCAUCUUUUGUUACAGUUUUAUCAGCAAAGAGAUUCUGACAAUACGGGAAGCUGUUUGGUUAACAGACAACACAUACAAAUAUGAAGAUCUUGUCAGGAUGAUGGGGGAGAUCAUUUCUGCCCUGGAAGGAAAGAUAAAGGUAAGCUUGUAGACAUGGUGAGAACCUUUAUAAUCUAGCUGCCGUUAAUGCAGUGCUGACUAAAUAAAUGCUGGUCUGCUUUUUACCUUGCCUUUUCCGUGAACUACCUUGCAAAUUAGGGGAUAUUCCUCUUGUAAUUCUGUAUUGCUCCUGGCUUCCUCUUACCUGAUAUAUUCCUGAUGGUGAUGAAGAUGAAUAGUUAGAUUAUCUGUACUUUUGGAAAGCAGAUUAUCUUGCAGGGUUGAGAGACCACUCAUUCAGCUCACUCAUACUGCCCUGUAAUUUGAGGGGAGGGACUGAACAAGUCUGAGGUCUGCUCACUAGUUCUCUUGUGGACUGAAAUAUUGCCUCCCAAGUUUUGGAGAGAACUUCCUCUGCUUGGAUGGAGCAUUCUCAGUGGUUGUGCCCAUGUCCUGAACACUCUUCUGAGGGAGACCUGCUUAGUCCCCUUCCUGGUGGCCUUCUCCUGGCUGGUGAAAGCUUUGCUUACAUAGGCCUUUGGCCUCCUGAACUAAGAGUUCAUAAUUAAUAGUUGGCUAUUUUUCCAUUCUUCCCUUGCUUCUAUCUGUUUUGGUACCUGCACCCAUACCAAUGUGCUCUGGCAUACAUUUUGGGAAUAGUUAGUGUUCAUAAUGAUCCCUUAGCAUAAAAUGGUGCUGGAUCAAGAGGCUUGAGUUGGGGUGGCUGAUUGUCUUCCAGCUGACUUUCAACUCUUGAUGUACAUAUGGGAAUGUAUAAAGAUAUGGCAGUGAGUUGAUUGAUGGUUUAUUGUACACAUAUGUAUACCUGAGUCUUCAAUGGAAGGUGUAGAACAUUAUCUCCCAAGAGUCUCUCAUUGCCCCUCUGCUAGCUUCAGCAACCUUGGUUGAAAGUAGCAGUCAGUCAUGGCUACCAGUGCAGCCUCAUCCAGCUAGCACUGCAUGGAAUUCUGCCUACUUCCUCCUUCUUGUUCCCAGUACACCUUUAGAUUUCAAAAAGGACACAUUUUUCUGUGACAUCAUGCACCCUUCAACGCCUUGCCAACCUGCCAGUUCCGUCUCUAUCCACUCUCUGGGGAGAACAGUUCUUUUGCAUUGCCAAUGUCCCUUAAUGGCUAGGUACUUAGCUAGCCGAGCCAUGCUGGUUUGUACAGUGGUGCCCCGCAAGACGAAUGCCUCGCAAGACGAAAAACUCGCUAGACGAAAGGGUUUUGUGUUUUUUGAGUCGUUCCGCAAGACGAAUUUCCCUAUGGGCUUGCUUUGCAAGACGAAACGUCUUGCGAGUUUGUUUCCUUUUUCUUAAAGCCGCUAAGUUGCUAAGCCGUUAAUAGCCGCUAAGCCGUUAAUAGCCGCUAAGCCGCUAAUAGCCGUGCUUCGCAAGACGAAAAAACCGCAAGACGAAGAGACUCGCGGAACGGAUUAAUUUCGUCUUGCGAGGCACCACUGUAUAAGCUAACCAUGAAUUCUUUGUCUGGCACAGUUCUGCAGCUUGUAUUUUCCCAUUGUAUCCUAAAUAUUAUCUAAAUACUACCAUUUAUUAGUUUCUAAUAUUCACUAACAGACUCUGGUACCCAAAACUCUGGUGACAAAAACCCAGUAACCCUCACCUCAAAAAUGGGAUAGAAAUGUAAAUAAUAAAAGGCAUGUGACUUUAAUAAGAAGUUUGUUUGUUUGCAUUGAAUAGCCAACCUUUAGCAAAGAGGGUGUUCCUGGAACAGUACACCGUGUUGCAUAGUUCCUGUGUAUGUCUGCCUUAAGUAACCUCUUCUAUUCUGCCACUUUUUAAAAGAUACCCACUAUUCUGGACUACAAGGAAGUGCUGCUGAACAUAAUCCCAUUGGAAAGAAGAACUGUGCAUCUCUACAGCUUCAUUUGUGAACUUUCACUCUUAAACACAGGCCUUUGCAUAUACUCUCCUGCCCGUUUGUCUGCAGCGGCCUUGCUGCUGGCCAAAGUAUUGCACAAGCAAGGUAACAAUCCUGCUGAAUUAAUUCAGGCACCUUUUGGGGAACAAUAUCCAGUGAAAUAGUCCCAUUUUAGCUCUUGUCUGGUUCUCCUGCUGUAGUUGUUGAACUGAUUGCAAGGAAGACAGGGAGAGCUUCAGUUUGGAGAGAUGGAAGUGGCUUAUUAGGAUCUGGGCAAACAGUUUUCAGUCAAAGAGCUCAGGCAGUGGUCAUUGGAGUACUUGGGAGCAUAACUGGUUGUCACUAUGUUGAAUGCUUUCAUUUGAGAAUUUGGUUAAAUAACACACUGUGUUAGAGACCAGUGAGCAAUACUGGUUAUUUUGUUCAUGUCUUUUCUCUCUCUCUCCAGCUCAUCCUUGGACAAGCCAGUUAUGUGAAGCCACAGGGUUUUCCCUUGAAGAACUGAUACCCUGUGCACUGAAUAUCCACAAAAAAUGGUAUAUACCGUGGGUCAUAAUAGCUUAGUCAUAAUAGCUUAGUCUUCCUAGCUGUUGCAAAAUACUCCUUGGCACGCUUGGAACAUGCAGCUUCAAUAAUAUUUGAACUUCCUACAGACAGCAUCUGAAGUAAUGAGUUGGUCUGAUUGCCAGCUCAAGAGUGUGCUUUCCUUGGGGCACUUAAAAAGUGUGUGUAGUGUUCACAGCUGGGGUGGGGGGCUUAGAAAGUUUUAUCCUCAGCCUGGCCCACCCGGGCCACAAAAGCAUCUUCUGCUCUCCUAGAUUUGCAUAGGAUAUGAACGACUCUCCUUACUGCAGGCUUGUACAGUUCUUCGUUAAGGGAAUGAAGCAGAUAGUAAAGGGUUAACUCCUCAUUCCCCUCUGUUUCCUCCUGCACCAGCUGAUGCCUCCUUUCUCAUCACAUCCUCAGCUGUGUCAACAACAUACAUUUUAGUCUUCCACUUAGGAGGGAGGGACUGGAGCCCAGAGGUUAAGGUACAUGUUUUUGCAUGCAGAACCGUGUCCAGAUUUCCUCUUUGGCUUCUCUGAUUAGAAGUACCUGAAGCUGGUCUGUAUUCCUGAAGUGGAGGGCAAGUGCAAGCUGCAGAUGGAGGGCUCAGGUGUAAAAACAGGCUGGUUUGCAGGAAAGGGGGAGUAGCUAAUUGCUUAAGCAAGCACAAGGCUCAAAACCGGGGUUUAGAGGACUGAAAAUGUUGCACGCAGACAGACCCAUAAUGAUAGCAUUGCUAUCAUAAUUACAGUGGUGCCCCGCAAGAUGAAUGCCUCGCAAGACGGAAAACCCGCUAGACGAAAGGGUUUUCCGUUUUGGAGGUGCUUCGCAAAACGAAUUUCCUAUGUGCUUGCUUCGCAAGACGAAAAUGUCUUGCGAGUUCCUGCGGGGUUUUUUUGCUUUCCCCCCCCUUUUUCCCAAGCCGCUAAACCGCUUAUCAGCUGAUGGCUAAGCCGCUUAACAGCUGAUCGUUAAGCCGCUUAUCAGCUGAUCGUUAAGCCGCUUAUCAGCUUAUCGUUAAGCCGCUUAUCAGCUGAUCCGCUAAGCCGCUAAUACUGUAGCACUAAUCCGCUAAACCGCUAAUGGGCUUGCUUCACAAGACGAAAAAACCCGCAAGACGAAGAGACUCGCGGAACGGAUUCUUUUCGUCUUGCGAGGCACCACUGUAUUUGCAUCUUUCAGUUUAUUACCCACAAUUUACCAGCAGCUCCCAGGGUGGGUUGCAAAAACUGGAAAUAAUUCUAAAUACAGUUAAAAGAAAUUACAGUGACAGGAAUAGGGUGGUGAGUCCUGAAAACUUCUGUUGGGGAUCAAAGACCAGGGAUGUGAUUCCAAAGCUAAUCAGGCUGAAACCAAUGCUUUCUGUCUAAGGAAACCCAUAGAUAUUUCUUCUAAUUACCCUCCGUAGGCUCUGCUUAAGCCUUUUUGCUGCCAAUGUGAGUGCUGGAAAGCUCUCCCAGAAGACAAGUUGGGUUGCUGACACUUCCUAUUUUCAGUGCCCACAGAAUAAAAUAUAAAAUGGUGAUCUGGGAGCAAGGCUGUCAGUAGUACAAUUGGAGUCUGAAGCCAGGUUUGGAAACCUAAAGGGAAACUUCAGCAGCCAUUGGUUCUGUUGUAAUGCUUGGUGGUUCUGUUAAAUUUAUCCAGUGACUCUAAACAAGGGGUGUACUUACCAUCUCUUCCUCUUCCAGUUUCCAUGAGGAUGUCCCAAAAGAUUAUAGGCAGGUGUCCCUUACUGCUGUGAAACAACGAUUUGAAGAUGAGCGCUAUGAAGAAAUUGGCAAAGAAGAGGUAGAGUCACUUUUGAGGGGAAAGAGAAAGGGAGAGUCCCAGUGUAUCUGAACUCUCCAGGACUGCAUUUUAUAGGAUUGUACUGUAAAUCUAUAAGGAAAUGGAGCACAGUAAAAUGUGUUAGAUGGGUAGCACCAAGUCUGGUGGAGUCAUAGGCUGCCCACCUUCUGGAGUGGAACCCCUUGGUGACAAAGAUGAUCUUCUGGGGAAAUGUUCUAUGCAAAUUUGUGUUGAAAAUUUUUCAGUCUGCAUUGGAAAACUUUCUGAUGUGCUAGCAAGUGAUCUAGUUCAGCAUGCUUAUUUUACUAGCAUUUAGCAGGCAAAGUUAAAAACGAUUAAGCUGGCAAACUUUCCCUAAUACUGUGUUUGUAGUUAGCAUCCAUUUAUUCAUUGUUACUAAUAAACUUGUAAGGGACGCGGGUGGCGCUGUGGGUAAAACCUCAGCGCCUAGGACUUGCCGAUCGCAUGGUCGGUGGUUCGAAUCCCCGCGGCGGGGUGCGCUCCCGUCGUUCGGUCCCAGCGCCUACCAACCUAGCAGUUCGAAAGCACCCUCGGGUGCAAGUAGAUAAAUAGGGACCGCUUACCAGCGGGAAGGUAAACGGCGUUCCGUGUGCUGCGCUGGCUCACCAGAUGCAGCUUGUCACGCUGGCCAUGUGACCCGGAAGUGUCUGCGGACAGCGCUGGCUCCCGGCCUAUAGAGUGAGAUGAGCGCACAACCCUAGAGUCUGGCAAGACUGGCCCAUACGGGCAGGGGUACCUUUACCUUUUACUAAUAAACUUAUAAAAUGGAUUUUUCCCCCCAUGGAAAAAUCACUGGAAAAUAUUCUUCCCAUCACUUCCCAUUACCAAAACAGAAAUGGAGAAGUUGCUUCUUGCUGGACAGGGAACUAGGAAAAAACCCUUCUCUGGUUGGCAGCCAUUAUAUGCAGCAAGCAAAGCACUUUUGCUGACAGCCGCUGUUUUAAUACUCCCACAAUGCCUCUGGGGUCCUUGGAGUGAUGCUGUGCUGGGGCCCUGGAGACACUGUGGAGAAUUAUAAUGGUGUGUUCUUAUUGGUGGCUGAUUAUUGAGUUCAUAACUAUUUAAAAAUAUAGUUAAUCUGCAAGUUUCUAGAACCUCUAUAUUAGUGUAGAUAAAGUGUUAGAUUACGAGUGUCCUGAUCGCCAUUCAAGCCAUGAAACUCACUGGGUGACUGUAGGCCAGUCAGUGACUGGCAGACUAACCUACACCACAGGAUUGUUGUGAGGAAUAAAAUGGGAAGAGAACUGUAUAUCUUUUCCUAGGAGGAAAAACGUGAUGUCCACAUAAUGAUAAAUAACUUUACAUUUCCUUCAGUAAGCCAUCUAAUAUUUAAGAACUUAAUAAAAACUACCAUUCACCAAUAAAAAGCAAUGCCAUUUUUUAAUAUUUUCCUUUUACAGACCUGAUCCAAAGUAGGUUCAUUGGAAACCUGCCCUUAACUUGCAGACUCGCUGCUUAAAACUUAAAAUUUCCAUCCACAAAACCUCUUGUUGAACUUAUUAAAGCCUCAUUCGUAUCCAUAUUUGUGUGGAACUAAGUGCAGUUGAGCUCAAUGGAUUUACUUUCAAGUAAAGAUGUGCAAGAGUGCACUUGUAAGUAGUACUUUAGAGAAGAGUGGUAUGGGGUUUCUUUGCUUUUUUUUUUUUUUUUUUUGUUGGGGAGGGUGACUGGGGCAAAAUCCAGAAAACUACUAUGGCAUCAGUGGAUGAGUUUUAAGAGCAUGUGUGACUGUAGCUAUGCUGUCUCACUGAGCUCACUUGUCUUAGGUGAUGAAUUACAGCCAGCUCUGCUCGCUGCUAGGAGUGAAACAUGAAGAUCCAGAGCCCGACUCCUUGUACAUGAACACAGUGGAAACAUUUCUCACUUCUCCAUCAGGAAAGAGAACUAAAAGGCAAGUCUGGUCCCUCUGUUUUACCUGGAUGGGAUGGGGUAUUCACUGACUACUAGACAAGUCCUCUGGCAUUUGUAACCUUGUACAAACUGGAGUAUUGGCUUCUACCACCCUUAGCAUGGAUCUCAGCUGCUACUCUGCCUUGCUCAUCUAUUGGGUGGAGAGCGUACGGCCCUCCAGAUGUUGCUGGACUCCACCUCUACCUAACUCAAUAUGUCUACACUGACUGGCAGAAGCUCCUCUGGGAGUUACAGCCAAGGAGCUUUUUUAACCCUUCCUAGAGUUGCCAUCCAAAGCCAUGUGGUCUACCACUGUGUUAACUGUACUGCCCUCUUGCAAGCCAUCAGUGCUGGGCAGCUCAGCAAACAGCUGAAAAUGCAUCUUCCUAGCUUUCCAGGUCCAGCCAAGAAAAGGUUCCAUGUGUCAAAUAACUAGCUGGCUAUAGAUAGUGCUCAAAAUGGGUGGUGGUGGUUUUGUUUACUAUUAGACUAGGCUUGGUUGUGCUUAAUGGAAAGGACUGGAAUGGUUUUAUGAUUGCUUGAAAAGAAGUAGGGUAGCAUAACACUCAACUUUGAGCACUGACUGUGGAAAAGCUGAUCCAAGGCCCCAUUUUCUCUCCCCCUUUUAAGAGUAUUUUAUUAAUGGUCAUAGAUACUCUUUCCACAGGAGAAGAGAAGACAGCAUCCAGGAAGACAGGGGAAGCUUUGUAACGACACCAACAGCUGAACUGUCCAACCAGGAGGAGAGCCUUCUAGACAACUUCCUGGACUGGAGCUUGGAUUCCUGCUCUGGCUAUGAAGGAGAUCAAGAAAGUGAAGGAGAGAAGGAGGGAGAUGGUAAGGUUAUUUUGGAAGGUGGUAUGUCAUUUGGGGGUAUUACCAUCUGACAUUUGGGGUGGGUGGGGGUUGAAUUUAGGCACACAAUCAAGUAGUGGAAUAGUAAUACUUGAGACAAUGUUUGAAUGCUUUGCUUCAGAAAUAAAACCUUGCUCGACAUAGAAAACUGGCAUAUUGGUUGAAAAGCAUUUAGCCCUGCUAAGCUAAUUUCAUGUGUGAGAAGAAUUUUUUUUUUGGGGGGGGUGUUUGAGGGGAACAGUUGGAUAUGCAACCUUUACCAGCAUUGGUACAGAGGAUGGUGGUAGAAUUGACACCCAAUUAUUUUGAUUUUAUCAAUUGAUCAAAGAUAGGUAGAAUAGGGUACUGUUUAGUUUUAUCAAAGCUAAACAUUAGCAUUUUACUGCAAGAGGGUAAACUUUGACAGAAUUAAAACAAAAAAAGUGGGCACUUAAAGUGCACUACAAAGAUUAGUCUUGAUUUUUUUUCAGUAGGGUUUAUUUAACCAACUUUUCUGUAUAGUUACAGCUCCAAGCGGAGUUCUGGAUGUAACUGUGGUCUGUACGGGCCCCGAAGAACACUGCUAUGGCUGUUGUGAAGACUCCAGUGAUGAAGAGAGCAUUGCCAAAGAGGGAUCUACAUUUGACCUAAAUAAUUAUGACCCACCAGGUGCUGGGAAGGGAUGGCUAAUGCACCACAGCCAACCAAAGGGCACCAUUGAAGCCAGCUCUGGCUAUUCUUCUGUCAACAGUACCAGCCCUACUUCCACUAUAGAUUGCAACUUUGGAGCAUCUCCAAAAGCUACCUCAGGGCAGCCUCUGGGCCCUGCCAAGAACAAAGGCGGAUCUCCUCAUGACUCAAAAUUAUGUUUACACUCCAGCAGAAGGCAAGCAAAACGGAAAAAUGUGGCUGAGUACAAUGAAGAAGAAAAGAUGAACUUGGGCUUCUUAAGCCUCUGA